AUGGCGAGCACAUUAAGAUCCUUAGCUAUUGUUCUUAUUGUGCUCGCCGCCGUGUCCUUUGGUUUCCCUGCCAUCAAUGCCGACGCCACCCUCCUCGUCAAGACGUGCAAGAAGACCACAAACGCCUUGUUGUGCCUGGCAGUGUUGCACGUCGACCCAAAGAGCGCCUACGCCACCACCGAGCACGACCUUGCCAACGUCGCACUGCAGAUCGCAAGUAACACCGCUGACCACAACGCCGAGGUCAUCCACAACCUAGCCAAGGACGUCCAAGGCACGCCCGAGGGAGGCACGUUGAACAUCUGCCUCGGGGCCUAUGUUGAUGCCACCAAUGACCUCGAGAUCGACGCUCGCCCCGGUUUCGAUGGUGGGAACUAUGUCGGCGCGAGGAAUCUCGUGUUGGGUGCCAAGGGCGCCGGUGGUAGAUGCGAGGUUGCGUUCAAGGGGAUCAAAAAGAAGUCCCCCGUGACAAACAUAGAUCAACAGAUGACAGAGCGAUGUGGCGUCGCGGGUGAACUCAUUGGCCUUCUUAUACACAAGUGA